CUGAAUCACCAAAGAUCAAACAGGCAAUCGAUACACAGCAAGUCCACAGGCACAGUAGGCUAGCAACAUGGCAGGAAACCCUCUCCGUCUGGCCCUGAACGUAGGCAAAACCUUGGCUCUUAGUCAUGUCAUGAUGGAAUAUGGCUUCUUCAUGGGCCCAGCAUCGGGACCAUCCAUGCUUCCAACAUUUCAAGUGGCAGGCGAAUCAAUUCUAGUCGAUCAUCGUUAUCGUUACGGUCGCAACGUACUUGUUGGCGAUUUAGUCCACUUCAAGAUUCCAAUCUUCCCAGAAUCCGAUGGCAUCAAACGCGUGAUAGGUAUGCCUGGCGACUACGUUAUGCUAGGCAGCCCUGAUGCAGAGAAGCAGAAGAUGAUACAGGUUCCUCAGGGUCAUUGUUGGGUUGUGGGUGAUAAUCUCGAAGCAUCGAGAGAUUCGCGAUUGUAUGGCCCAGUGCCUUUGGCUCUGAUCAGGGGGAAAGCCGUCAAUAAGCCCUGGUGGCUAUCGCUUCUCUCCCCUGGAGGGACAGCUGAGAACGGGCUUCGCGAUGUCUAAGGACGGCCGGGAGUGAGUGGCACACGAGAUUCAAGAGCAACUGUAUCGUGUCACAAAUACGAUACAAGAAAGAGACGAAAGUUGGCGGCGGGAGACUCCGUAAGCUGAAUUCGUCACAGAUUGUGAGUUGUUCUUCCAAUCCUCUAAAGUAUGAUCCUAAUUACAACGGGUAGGGGAGCCAAUGGCACCAGAUAAAG